UAUCACUUCAUAGUGCGUCACAACCCACUGCCAUGAUCUCUACAACAAAAACCUUCUGGCUGAUAGUGCGGCCGUUGGCUACAAAACAAUGCAGAUAAUGGACACUGGUGCCGAAGUAGUCUAUCUGUACAACCUCGUGGACGGGACCUCCAAUCUCACUCUGGCAGAUAAUGUUGCGCGAUUGGCUGGUGUACCAGAAGUGGUACUCGCGCGAAUGCGGGACAUCAUUGACAAGAAGUUGCGUAAUCUGCCUGUGAAGCCUAUUCCGUUACCCGCUGGGCUCAAUGCUCGCAAUGUCGACAUUGUGGAAUUGUGUGGGCAGUUCUUCAGUGGGAAUAUCACAGUGUCUGAACUACUCGCCGAGGUUCUAAACAGAGACCUGGAGUACCGAAAUGACAGUAUGAGCUCCUAA